UCUAACCUAGUGCCUGCUUCCCUCAUUCCUGGUUGCGCGUGAUCAUGGGACAGGAACCGCGCACGCUGCCGCCCUCCCCUAACUGGUACUGCUCCCGCUGCAGCGAUGCCGUGCCCGGGGGCCUCUUCGGCUUCGCGGCACGGACCUCCGUCUUCCUUGUCCGCGUGGGCCCGGGCGCGGAAGCGAUCCCAGGGACGCCCCCAUUUCGAGUCAUAGGGGAGUUGGUGGGACACACCGAAAGGGUGUCUGGCUUCACGUUUUGUCAUCACCCGGAUCAAUACAACCUCUGCGCCACCAGCUCCGAUGAUGGGACUGUGAAAAUCUGGGAUGUAGAGACAAAAACAGUUGUGACAGAACAUGCGCUCCAUCAGCAUACAAUAUCAGCAUUGCAUUGGUCUCCUCGAGUAAAGGAUUUACUAGUAUCUGGAGAUGAAAAAGGAGUAGUUUUCUGUUACUGGCUUAACAGAAAUGACAGCCAGCACCUCUUUAUAGAACCCAGGACAAUUUUCUGUCUUACUUGCUCACCUCAUCAUGAAGAUUUAGUAGCCAUUGGCUACAAGGAUGGCAUAGUGGUUAUAACUGACAUCAGCAAGAAAGGAGAAGUUAUACACAGGUUUCGAGGCCACGAUGAUGAGAUCCACUCCAUAGCCUGGUGCCCCCUACCUGGUGAAGACUGUUUAUCCAUAAGUCAAGAGGAAAACUCAGAAGAACCUGAAAUUCCCAAUGGGAAACUUAUAGCACAAACUCCAGUAUCAAAAGGCUGCUACUUAGCCACUGGAAGCAAAGAUCAGACCAUUCGGAUCUGGAGCUGCUCCAGAGGCCGAGGGGUGAUGAUUCUGAAGUUGCCCUUUCUGAAGAGAAGAGGAGGGGGUAUAGACCCAACUGUUAAAGAGCGCCUCUGGUUGACACUCCACUGGCCCAGGGAUCAGCCAACACAGCUGAUAUCCAGCUGUUUUGGAGGCGAACUGCUGCUAUGGGAUCUCACUCAGUCUUGGAGACGGAAAUAUACCCUCUUUAGCGCAUCAUCAGAAGGGCAAAAUCAUUCAAGAAUUGUGUUUAAUUUAUGUCCUCUACAAACCAACGAUGACAAACAGCUGCUGCUUUCCACAUCAAUGGAUAGAGAUGUAAAAUGUUGGGACAUGGCCACGCUGGAGUGCUGCUGGACCCUGCCUUCUCUUGGUGGGUUUGCCUACAGUCUGGCUUUCUCUCCUGUGGACACAGGCUGUUUGGCGAUAGGCGUUGGUGAUGGCAUGAUCCGCGUAUGGAAUACACUCUCCAUAAAGAACAACUAUGAUGUGAAAAAUUUUUGGCAGGGUGUCAAGUCCAAGGUUACAGCGCUGUGCUGGCACCCAACCAAGGAAGGCGGCUUAGCUUUUGGAACUGAUGAUGGAAAAGUGGGAUUGUAUGACACCUACUCCAACAAACCUCCACAGAUUUCUAGCACGUAUCACAAGAAGACUGUGUACUCCUUAGCCUGGGGGCCACCAGUACCUCCCACGGCAUUUGGAGGAGAAGGAGACAGACCUUCCCUCACUUUAUACAGCUGUGGAGGGGAAGGGAUUGUCUUACAGCACAAUCCCUGGAAGCUUAGUGGAGAGGCCUUUGACAUCAACAAACUCAUCAGGGACACCAAUUCAAUCAAAUACAAAUUGCCUGUACACACAGAGAUCAGCUGGAAAGCAGAUGGCAAAAUCAUGGCUCUUGGCAAUGAAGAUGGAUCAAUAGAAAUAUUCAAGGUCCCUAACUUGAAACUGAUCUGCACCAUCCAGCAGCAUCACAAGCUCGUGAAUACUAUCAGCUGGCAUCAUGAGCAUGGCAGUCAGCCAGAGCUGAGCUAUCUGAUGGCCUCUGGGUCCAACAACGCAGUCAUUUAUGUGCACAACCUGCAGACUGUCAUAGAGAGCAAUCCUGAAUCUCCAGUGACCAUUACAGAGCCCCACCGGACCCUCUCAGGGCACACAGCCAAGAUUACCAGUCUGGCAUGGAGCCCACAUCAUGAUGGAAGGCUGGUAUCUGCUUCCUAUGAUGGUACAGCUCAGGUGUGGGAUACUCUCCAGGAAGAGCCUCUAUGCAACUUCCGGGGACAUCGAGGUCGACUGCUUUGCAUCGCAUGGUCCCCAUUAGAUCCAGACUGCAUCUACUCAGGGGCAGAUGACUUCUGUGUGUACAAAUGGCUCACUUCCAUGCAAGAACAUUCCCGACCUCCUCAAGGCAAGAAAAGUAUUGAAUUAGAGAAAAAAAGGCUCUCUCAACCUAAGCCAAAGCCCAAAAAGAAGAAAAAGCCCACCUUGAGAGUGCCUGUAAAGCAGGAAUUGUGUGACGGGAAUGAGGAAGAGAGCGUAAAGGAAAGCUCAGGACCUGCUGAGAACGGCGUGUCAGACCAGGAGACUGAGGAGGAAGCCCGGGAGCCAGAGCUACCCUAUGGUGUCACCUCAGCAGUUUCUAAAGCAGUAAUCUGCACUCCAGCAUCCUUAGGUUUUGAAAAGUCAAAAGUCACCAUUAAUAAAGUCACUUUACUGAAAAAGGAGGCACCUAAAGAGAAGCCAGAAGCCUUAAUCAAGAAGCGAAAAGCUCGUUCCACGCUUCCACUGAGUACAAGUCUGGACCACAGGUCCAAAGAGGAGCUUCAUCAGGACUGUUUGGUAUUAGCCACAGCAAAACACUCCAAAGCAGAGCCAAAGGAGGAUGUGUCUGCUGAUCUUGAGGAAAGGUUUCACCUGGGACUUUUCACAGACAGGGCUACCCUGUACAAAAUGAUUGAGGUUGAAGGAAAAGGUCACUUGGAAAAUGGCCACCCUGAGUUAUUUCACCAGCUCAUGCUUUGGAAAGGAGAUCUAAAAGGUGUUUUGCAGACUGCAGCAGAAAGAGGGGAGCUGACAGACAAUCUCGUGGCUAUGGCACCAGUUGCCGGUUACCAUGUAUGGGUGUGGGCCGUGGAAGCUUUUGCCAAACAACUGUGUUUUCAGGACCAGUAUGUCAAGGCUGCCUCUCACCUACUUUCUAUCCACAAAGUAUAUGAAGCUGUGGAGCUGCUUAAGUCAAACCAUUUCUACAGGGAGGCUAUUGCAAUUGCCAAGGCCCGGCUGCGUCCAGAGGACCCGAUCCUGAAAGACCUGUACCUCAGCUGGGGAGCCAUCCUAGAAAAAGAUGGCCAUUAUGCCUUAGCAGCCAAAUGCUAUUUAGGGGCCACUUCAGCUUAUGAUGCGGCCAAAGUUCUGGCCAAAAAGGGGGAUGCGGCAUCACUUAGCACAGCUGCAGAGUUGGCUUCCAUCGUAGGAGAGAAUGAGUUGUCUGCUUCCCUGGCUCUCAGAUGUGCUCAAGAACUGCUUCUGGCCAGGAACUGGGUGGGCGCACAAGAAGCCCUGCAGCUCCACCAAAGUCUAAAGGGUCAGAGAUUGGUGUUUUGCCUUCUUGAGCUACUGUCCAAGCACCUGGAGGAAAAGCAGCUUUCAGAGGGCAAAAGUUCCUCCUCUUCCUACAAUGCUUGGCCCGCAGGCGGCAAAGAGCCCUUCGUGGAAAGGGUGACUGCAGUAUGGAAGAGUGCCUUCAGCCUCGACUCCCCAGACCAAUACCAGGCAGCAUUUCAGCAGCUGCAAAAUAUCAAGUACCCAUCUGCUACAAGUAACACCCCCUCCAAACAGCUCCUGCUUCAUAUUUGCCAUGACCUGACCUUAGCAGUGCUAAGCCAGCAGGUGGCCGCCUGGGAUACAGCUGUGGAAGGACUGCUUCGGGCUGUGGUCCGGAGCUACGACUCAGGAAACUUCACCAUCAUGCAGGAAGUGCACUCAGCCUUUCUUCCAGAGGGCUGUGACCACCUACGACACAAACUGGAUGACCAUCAGUUCCCCACCACACCAGCUUUCAAAAGUUUGGAGGCCUUUUUUAUUUAUGGACGUCUAUAUGAAUUCUGGUGGUCUCUCUCCAGGCCUUGCCCUGAAUCCAGCGUCUGGGUAAGGACUGCUCACAGAAGAAUGAGCUCUGUUGAGCAAAACCAACAGGUUGACAAUGUCAGCCCUGAAGAAACUGACCCCAAAGCUUCCCAGCCAGAGCCAAGCAGGACUCCAGAACUAGAGGUGAGACUCACAGAAGAAGGUGAGCAAUUGCUGAAUGCUUGUAAAGAGCUCUUUUCAGAAAAACACGCUGGUCUCCAAAAUGCACAGAGAACCGUUGCUGAAGUCCAAGAGACCUUGGCAGAAAUGAUCCGUAAACACCAGAAAAGUCAGCUCUGUAAAUCCACAGCAAAUGGCCCUGAUAAGAAUGAACCUGAACAGGAAGCAGAACAGUCCCUCUCUAGUCCUCAUAACCAGUGUAAAGAAGAGAAAAAUGAACCAGUUUCUUUGCCUGAAUUAACGAAAAGGCUUACAGAGGCAAAUGAGAGAAUAGCUAAGUUUCCUGAGAGUAUUAAGACCUGGCCAUUCCCAGAUGUGCUGGAGUGCUGCCUCAUUCUGCUUCACAUCAGGUCCCAAUAUCCUGGCUUUGUGACCCAGGAAAUGCAGCAACAGGCUCAAGAACUCCUUCAGAAAUACGGCAACACUAAAGUUUACAAACGACACUACCAGCCCCUCUGCACGUGAACUUCCAAGGACCUUUAGGAAACUGUGCCAAAUUCAAAACGUCCAACACCUUUCACCUCUGAAUUUACACCUCGUCAGACAUUCACUUUGAUCCCUAGAUGUUUCUUCAGUGAUCCAAAUAAUACAAAUGAGGGUCAAGUCUGAAUCAACUCUACAUUUGGACACAAUGAAAUCUAACUUUGGACCCAACUGUGGAUUUCCUACUGGAGGAAAGAUCAGGAAAAGCCAGCAGUAGUUACUCAGAACUAACACCUGCAGAGUGAUUGUUGAUCAUCUCUAAAGCCUUAUGCAGGUUUCACCCAAAGAGGAGAAACUUUUUUAAUCACCCAAAGUGUUACAUUCUUAAACACAGGCUACCUUUAUAAUGCUUCGCCUGAUCAUAAACCUAUACAUUCUUGUUUGAGAUAGAACUGCUGCAUAUUAUGACUAUUGGUAUCAUUUUUUUGUUUUUCUUAAUUUGGUUUCACUCCUCUACUCUUUCAAAGACUGAAGUUUGAAUGUGAAAUAAGCCUUACCCAUCAUGUUCAGUCUUUACCCUUUGUCUAAACUUUAGGUCAAAAGUUUGGUUUCAGUGUUUAAUGGAAUUGCUUAUUUGAACAAAUCACUUACUAAAGCUUUAGAAGAACAAUUAACUAA